AUGGCAACUACUGCUCCUGCAGGUUUGCACCUUACUGACUUCGUUAAACGUCCUGGUUACGGUAAACUAGGUCGCCCAAUUCGUGUUCGGACGAACUAUUUCGAAGUAAUUUCUUUUCCUACCAGUAAUAUUUAUCACUACGAUGUAACUAUAACUCCUGAAGUACCACCGGGUUUGAACAGGAAAAUUUAUAAACAUUUUGAGACUCUAAACGCUGGAGCUUUAAACAAUAUUAAACCUGUUUUUGACGGCCGUAAAAAUAUUUUCGCUGCAAGAAAACUUCCCUUUGGUGAAACAGCAACGUAUGAUGUAGUUUUACCUGAAGAUGACGGCGUAACUACUUCCAAACGUCCCCCAAGGGCUUUUAAAGUUAAAUUAAAGAAAGUUGCGGAAAUAAACAUGGAAGAACUCGAGCGUUGGUUAAAUCAAAAAUCCGAGAUCAGCAAUAAUAUUUUGACUGCCAUAAUGGCCUUGGAUGUGCUCAUUCGUCAUGAACCGUCAAUGAAGUAUGCUUCUGUUGGCCGCUCUUUUUACACUCCAGAAGGUUCAAUGGCUCUUUACGGUGGGGCUGAAGUUUGGCAAGGAUAUUAUCAAUCAGUUCGUCCUACACCUGGUAAAAUGAUGAUAAAUGUCGAUUUGUCUGCUACUGCGUUCUAUCAAAGUGGCACUCUAGUUCAGAUUGUUGUGAAGAUUCUUGGUAAACGACAACCCGAGGAUCUUUUUAGAGGAAUUGAUAGAGAACGUAGCAAACUUGAAAGAGAACUAAAGGGUCUCAAGGUCUGUGUAAAUCAUCGUGACGAAAAUAUUCGAAAACGUCGAUACAAAAUUCUUAAACUUACUCAACAAAGUGCGGAUAAAGCGAAAUUUGAAUACGAAGGAAAAAACAUCACAGUUGCACAAUAUUUUCAAAAAGUUAGAAAUAUUCGUCUUAAAUAUCCGAUGCUUCCUUGUGUCGUAGUUAGAAAAGAUACUUUUUUCCCUAUGGAAAUUUGUGAUGUAAUUCCGGGACAACGUCAUAUGAGAAAACUCAACGAAAAACAAACCGCUGACAUGAUUAAGUUUACUUGUCAGCAACCUCAUAUGCGCGCUAAUAAAAUAAAUCAAGGCAUUAAAUUGUUAAACUAUCACGAAAACGAGCAAAUGAAACAGUUCCACAUGCAAGUAGCUAACGAAAUGAAGGUUACAAAUGCUCGUGUUUUACCGACGCCUACUAUAAAUUAUCAUACUUCUUCAAGAGAUCCCGCGGUUACACCUAGAGAUGGAUCAUGGAACUUACGCGAUAAAAAGGUUGCUACUGGAGCGACUCUUGGUUCAUGGUCAGUCAUAGCUUUUGGUAAAGAACAUGAAUUUCCGAUGAUGGGCAUUCAACAUUUUGUUAGGGAGUUGAUUAAUACAUGUAGCGACACUGGAAUGAAUAUCCCAAAUAAAACUCCACCAAUAAUGCACGCAAAUCCGAUAGGCAAUGUCGAAGAAUCAGUAAAACAGGCAUGGACUCGUGCGGGAACAGCUUCAAAACAAAAACCGCAAUUAAUUCUGUGUAUACUUCCAAACACUGGAACUCAGCUUUAUGGUGAAAUUAAAUACGCAUCAGACACGGUUCUUGGGGUCGCUUCUCAAUGUGUUCAAGGCAGACAUGUGAAUAACCCAAAAAAGCAAUAUUGCGCUAACGUUUGUCUUAAGAUCAAUGUUAAAUUAGGAGGAAUGAAUUCUUACCUAAGUCCAAACUUAGUUCCGUUUAUAGCUGAAAAACCAUCAAUCAUGAUGGGAGCAGAUGUAUAUCAUCCUGGACCUGGUUCUACCAGACCAUCAAUAGCAGCCCUUUGCGCAUCUUUGGAUAAUCACGCAUCCCGAUACGCAUCAACCAUUCGAGUACAAUCUUCUAGAGAAGAAAACAUUGUCGACUUAUUCAGUAUGGUCAAGGAAAUGCUAAGAGCCUUUUAUCAGAGUUGCGGAAAGAAGCCAUUUAGAAUUUUAUUUUAUAGAGACGGUGUAUCUGAAGGCCAAUUUAAGAAAGUUCUUGAUAGUGAAAUAAAAUCGAUUAAAGAUGCGUGCAAAUCACUUGAUGCAGCUUAUAACCCUAAGAUCACAUUUGUAGUGGUACAAAAACGACAUCAUACUCGAUUUUUCCCUUUGGAUCGAAAAGACGCGGAUAGAACUGGAAAUUGUUUCCCUGGCACUGUAGUAGAAACUUCAGUUGUACAUCCUGUUGAUUUUGACUUCUACUUACAAAGUCAAGCAGGGUUACAGGGUACAUGCCGCCCCGCUCAUUAUCACGUCUUAAUGGAUGAAAAUGGAUUUACGCCUGACAGUCUUCAAGCACUUUCGUAUAACUUGUGCUAUAUAUACGCACGAUGUACUCGUUCGGUCUCAAUAGUUCCACCUGUCUACUAUGCACAUUUAGUAUGUUCACGAGCUCGAUUCCAUUCGAAAAGUGGUAAUUGGAGUGAAGAAAGUCCGGAGGAAGAAGCCGAGGUUACCGCAGCAUCCUAUAAUCCAGUACGACCUGAUUUACAAAAGGUCAUGUACUUCAUGUAA